AUGGGGCUGGACGCCGAGGCCGUGGUGGCGCUGCUGGGCGCGCACUCCGUGGGCCGCGUCCACUGCAGCAACCUGGUGGCGAGGCUGUACCCGGCGGUGGACGGCGGCAUCGAGCUGGCGUACGGCGCGUACCUGCGGGGCCGGUGCCCGACGGCGGAGGCGAGGGAGGACACCCGCGACGUGGCGUACGCGCGCAACGACCGCGCCACGCCCAUGGUGCUCGACAACAUGUACCACAAGAACCUGCUCAAGGGCAGGGGGCUGCUGCUCGUGGACCAGCGGCUGGCGUCCGACCCGCGCACCGCGCCGUUCGUGAGGAGGAUGGCGGCUGACAACGGGUACUUCCGCGAGACGUUCGCGGCGGCGCUGGUGAGGAUGUCGGAGAACGGGCCGCUCACCGGCGGGCAGGGGGAGGUCAGGAAGGACUGCAGGUUCGUCAACGCCAAGUAA